AUGUGUGACCAUCUGAGGUCCCUUCCUGAACAAUGCAUUGUGGUGCAACAUUGACGCCUGUGUGCCGAGGUUUCACGUUACAGGUUAUCUGCGUUAAAGGAACAGCAGUCCUGAGGGUUUGAGUCAGUUUUGAAAACUGCCCUGCUAUUGGUAGGGACGCGACAGGAUUACAGCCAAGACUUCCCUGCAUUUUCUGCCAAAAUCUGUCAGAUUUAGGACACAUACUUCUGCAACCUUCCAUGAGGGUUGUGAAAAAAAAAAAAGUUUGAAUCCAGAAUUGGGUUCCAGGCUUCUUGUAGCUGCUAACAGCGGUGGCCGCACCACCUCCUUACAAAGCAACUAGAACCCGGGGCAUAGGGUGGAGAGGUUUGUUUGUUUAAUUUGCUGGACGUGACAUGAAUUUGGAGUGCUUUUUCAUGUCCAGUGGAAGUCAUGUCCACCUUCUGAUUAUUUUUGGAGCAUGAGAGCAUUUAAAUUUUUUUUCAUCUCUCUCCCCCCAUAAGAUUGUGCAGAAACGUUCCUUGACUAAUUGAAGUCAUUUCAUUGGAUUUUGAUCACAACUGAUGAUUUGUUUUUCCAUGUGAACUCUUAGGGUUUCCUUUCCUUCCGGAGAAUGCCUUUUGAAACAGUUUUCUCUAGCUGCCUGAUGUCAACUGCUUGGUAAUCAGUGGAUAUUAAAAUCUUCAAAAUGUACAGACAGUGGGCCGUGGUGAAUAUUUUCAUGAUGUCUUGUCUGCACCUGGCACAGGGCUCCAGUUACGAACAUGGAACGGUGAAGCGGGCGUCUCGGUCAACCUUAGAACGGUCUGAACAGCAGAUCAGGGCAGCCUCCGGUUUGGAGGAGCUGCUGCGAAUCACACACUUCGAGGACUGGAAGCUGUGGAGAUGCCGACUGAAGCUCCCGAGUUUGACCGGCACAGACUCCCGCUCGGCUUCCCAUCGGGCCACCAGGUUUGCGGCCACUUUCUACGACCUUGAAACCCUAAAAGUUAUCGACGAGGAAUGGCAGAGAACCCAGUGCAGCCCCAGAGAGACGUGCGUGGAGGUGGCCAGCGAGCUGGGGAGGAGCACCGACACGUUCUUCAAGCCCCCCUGUGUGAACGUGUUCCGGUGUGGGGGCUGCUGCAACGAGGAGAGCCGCGUCUGCAUGAACACGAGCACCUCCUACAUUUCCAAACAGCUCUUUCAGAUAUCAGUGCCUUUGACUUCAGUACCUGAAUUAGUGCCUGUUAAAGUUGCCAACCAUACAGGUUGUAAAUGUCUGCCAACGGCUCCCCGCCAUCCAUACUCCAUUAUCAGAAGAUCCAUCCAGGUCCCUGAAGAAGAUCACUGUUCCCAUUCCAAGAAACUCUGUCCUAUUGACAUGCUAUGGGACAGCAACAAAUGUAAAUGUGUUUUACGGGAGGAGAAUCCACUCGUUGGAAAGGAAGAGCACUCUCAUCUCCAGGAACUCGCUGUCUGUGGGCCACACAUGAAGUUUGACGAAGAUCGUUGUGAGUGUGUGUGUAAAACCCCGUGUCCCAGAGAUCUCAUCCAGCACCCGGAAAACUGCAGUUGCAUUGAGUGCAGAGAAAGCCUGGAGAGCUGCUGCCAGAAGCACAAGAUAUUUCACCCAGACACCUGCAGCUGUGAGGACAGAUGUCCCUUUCACACCAGAACAUGUGCAAAUGGAAAACCAGCAUGUGCAAAGCAUUGCCGCUUUCCAAAGGAGAAAAGGGCUGCCCAUGGGCUCCACGGUCAAGAAAACCCUUGACUCCGCUUUUUCCCAAGGUCUCCAUCCCUGACAUUUUAAAUGGCACGCUGCUUUGCCAAGUUGCUGUCACUGUGGUUUUUUUCCCCAGGUACUAGGGGAAAAAAAAAACCCUCUAUUUUAUCUGAUACCACAGCGUAUCCAGACCACCCUUCCAUUGCACACCAGCUGGGAUUUCCUGGUUCACUGACAGAGAUCUUCCACCUGAAGAUAUCCCUGCACUGCAAGGAAUGCAAAGGAGGGAACCUGUGUAACCUUUGUUUUGGUUUUGUUUUUUGGUUUUGGGGUUUUUUUGUUUUUGUUUUUGUUUUUUUUUGUGAAUGAGAAAGGUUUGAUCAUCAUACAGUCACAGGUGCCGUAUUGAUUACUCCAUGCUGAUGAGGCAAUUUUAUAGUCUCCAAGUCCUCCACUAAUGCAAACUCUCUUGUGAAUUAUUCUGACUCUUUAUUAUGCAGAUUUUGAUUUGUAGGAUCAGCACUGAUUUUCUGAUUACUGUCCAGCUUGUAGUUUCGAGUUUACUGAACUACUGUCUGUUGUUUCAUAUUUAAGCGUAUUUAAAGAAAAUAAACACCAUUAUUCAAGCUA